AUGUCCGCACGCGGUUCAAGCCCAUCGGAUGGAGACUCUGGCGAUGAGCAGGCUGCCGUGAAGAUCGAGCAGAAAUGGGUUGUGACGAGCAGCGGCGAAAGGGCGUGGCUGCCAACCACCGUGGAGAAGGCUGGGGCGCCCUUCGUCAGGCUUUCCAAAUUUGACCGCGGCUUCGUGAAGUUCUGUCUGAACAAGACCAUGAGUUCUACCUCAAAGAAGGGCGACGGCCACAGGAACGCAAAUGUUCCGCACUUUGAUGCCUUGCUGAGCUUGCGCAAGGAAGCAAGCAUCCAAGCAGCAUCGGCAGCCCUUGAAAUGGAAGACUCGCUGCCAGAAGAAUCCAAGGCAAUGAAGCGCAAGAAGCGCAAAGUCAGAGAGGAGGAUGCGCACCUGGUCAGCCCGAUCGUGACGAUCCAGACCCCGCAGCUGGAGUGGAAGGGUGUCACUCACGUGUCAAGGCCAAUGCGGGUCUUGUGGGGGCUCACGUCCAAGAACCUCUGGGUUGAGCUGACUAAGGAGAACAUGACCUUCAUGAAGAACAUGGCUGCGUCAGGGCAGACGCAGUUGAAGCCACGGAAGCGCGCUUCGCCCAAGAAGAAAACGACCAGGCUGCGCAAGGGCCAAGAGGUGGAUUCUGGUGAUCUUCCUGAACCCCCAGCCAGUGAUGUUGAAAAUUGA